AUGGCUAUCAGAAAGCGCUUUAUGAACCCGUUUGCGCGCACGGAAUCGGUCGAGCAAACGGCCGAUGCGCAUGAUAUUGAAACCCCCGAUUCCAAGCCCCCCUUUGAAAAGACACACGAAACCGAUCCGACCUCGUCAGAUGGCGAAAUUAUCGAUGAAAAGGCACAAGCAGGUACUCAAAAAGCUCAGGCGAGCACACAGGCCUGGACAAGGAAUACUCUCAUCGCAGCCUAUGUUCUUGUUUGGAUUGUCAACUUCCUGGAAUACUUCAGCUCUGGACUACUGGGCUCUCUAUCGCCUUACAUCUACAGUAGCUUCCAGCUCCACUCCUUGACCGGACUGACGACCGUGAUCGCCUCGCUGGUAUCCGCCCUGAUCAAAUUCCCCUACGCGAAACUCAUGGAUAUCUGGGGAAGACCCCAGACUUUCGCGCUUGGUGUGGGAUUUUUGACACUGGGCCUCGUCAUGAUGGCUGCUUGCAAGAAUGUGCAAACAUACUGUGCGGCUCAGGUAUUCUACCAGACUGGUUUCAGCAUGAUCGACUUUUCCAUGACCAUCUUCAUCGCCGAUACGACAGCGCUGAAGAACCGUGCGUUCUGGAUUGCCUACGCUGCUUCUCCCUAUCUCAUCACACCAUGGAUUUAUGGAUAUGCGGCAGAUGAGAUCCUGGCGCCGGGAGGCAUUGGCUACCGAUGGGGCUUUGGUGUCUUCGCUAUCAUCAUGCCUGUUGUUAGCGCCCCGCUCUGGGGUCUGUGGUACUACAUCCAGAAGAAGGCCGAGAAGAUGGAUCUGACGGAGAGGAAGCCCAGCGGGCGCAACUUCUUCCAAUCAGUAGUCUUCUACUGUAUCGAGUUUGAUGUUAUCGGCCUGCUCAUCAUCGCCACUGGCUUCUCACUGUUCCUCCUCUCAUUCAAUCUGUACUCCUACCAGCCUGGACAAUGGGCGUCUCCGAUGAUCAUCUGCUUCGUUGUCAUUGGUCUAGCGCUGAUCGUCACUUUUGUCAUCUGGGAAAAAUAUUUCGCCCCCGUCAAGUUCAUGCCAUGGGAGCUAAUCCGGAACCGCACCGUCUUCUUCACCUACUCCAUGGUGGUAUCUCUGUACCUGGCAUGGUACAUUUGGGAUAGCUACUUUUAUUCUCUCCUGCAAGUUCUCUUCUACCAGACUGUCCAGGAAGCAACAUACAUCUCAAAUAUCUAUACCAUCGGAUCUUGCUUCUGGUGUCUGGUUUUCGGUGCCAUCCUCCGGUAUAACGGUCGACUCAAGCUAUGGGCUAUCUGCUUCGGUGUUCCCCUGACUAUUCUGGGAGUUGGCCUCAUGAUCAAGUUCCGUCAGCCCGAUGGGAACAUCGGUUACAUCGUGAUGUGUCAGAUUUUCGUUGCGUUCGGCGGUGGCACCCUUGUCAUCUGCGAGCAAAUGACUGUGAUGGCUGUAUCUGCUCAGCGGAACAUCCCCGCUAUCCUGGCCAUUGAAGGUGUCGUUGCAAAUAUUGGUAGCGCCCUGGGUGGUACUGUUGCUGUCGCCAUGUGGACUGGAAUCUUCCCCACUAAGCUGAAGGCUUACCUUCCUGCGUCUGCCCAGGCAAACUUCACGAGUAUAUAUGGUCAACUAGACGUUCAGCAGUCUUAUGCGAAGGGAUCGGCUACUCGCGAUGCCAUCGACCAUGCUUAUGGUGAUACUCAGCGACUUAUGCUCAUCACUGCUACCUGCCUCUAUCUGAUCACUUGGACUUCUUGCUUCUUCUGGAAGGAUCUCAACGUGAAGAAGAUGAAGCAGCAGGUGCACGGUGUUCACUUCUGA